GAUCAUGACGAAUCCUUCAGUCGAACAAAAUUUGCUCAAAGAAAUCAAUUCGCUCAUUACACCCACAAAUCCCUUUCCCGACUAUGAUAGUAUUAAUAACCUUCCAUAUUCGCUGGCAACAUUAAAUGAAACAUUACGAUUACAUCCAGCUGUGCCGCGUAAUUUUAAGACUGUAGUAGAAGACGAUACUUUACCCGGAGGCGUUCCGGUAUACUCUGGCGAUAUGAUAUUUUGGGUUCCAUACUCAAUGGGAAGAGACGAACGUGUGUGGGGUAAAGAUGUUGACGAAUUUAAACCUACGCGGUUCUUGAAAUCGGGUAAAUUUGUUAGGCAAAGUCCGUACAAGUUAAUCGCGUUUAACGCUGGACCACGAGUAUGUCUUGGGCAAGAAUUUGCAACCGUUCAAGCAUUGACUUUACUAUCUGUAAUGCUUAAAGACUUUCACUUUGAGUUGUUAACUAGUGAAAAACUGAUUAAAUAUAGACCGUCAAUUACAUUGCAAAUGAAGCAUCCGUUAAUGGUUAAAGUUACCAGACGCGAAUGA